AGCUGCAGGGACGCUUUUUAUUAGCGUCUGGAGCGUCUGGUGGCCGGCACUUUACGCGACAUAUACGCUAGUGUACCGGUGUCCCAGUGCCGCAGUUCUAAACUAUGCUUAUGAAAGCUCCGUUCAAACAUGAACUAAAAGUUACUGGAACGCAAUUGUGACGCGAACAAGAUGUAAAUUUAAGAAAACAUUUCAGCAAGUCAAAACGGGAUGUCUGCUCACCUCAACGAUGGCGUUUAAAUAUAUUGCAAGCCAAAAGCAAAAGAGGUAAAAUGAAGCUGAGAAUAAACAGGAUUUCCAUAUUCAUAGGCUCCUGUCUGAUAUGGACAAUAAUUCCAGUCCUAUCUAACAUCACUGAAACUACUGAUAUGUGUUCCUUCAACUCAAUGUGCGUUUGCACAACUGACAUCGAAAAGCCCACCAUUAGGACUGCCCUUUGCUUAUCAGUGCCAUUUUAUAAGUUACCUGACAUGACUAAGGAGAAUAUCAGCCAUUUGGAGGUACUCGGGUCAGAGAUGACGAGUUUGGAAACUGAAAGCCUCACCGGGUGCCAAAUACGACAACUCAUACUACCGAGUAACAAACUUCAGUACAUACCAGACAGGACUUUCAGCCCCUUGUCUACAAGUUUAUCGUCUCUCGAUUUAAGCUACAACGAAUUAGAUGGAAUUCCUUUCGCGGGCUUACAGGAAGUAAAAAACCUGAAGUGGAUGAAUUUAUAUGGUAAUCAGAUAGAUUCGGUGGUCGGUGAUUGGUCGCACAUGAAAUCAUCGCUGAAGAAUCUUCUCCUUGGAGAAAACGACGUGGCAGAAUUGCCAGUAGUCCAGAGGGAACACAGCCUCCAGGGUGCACACGGUUUGAGACAACUGAAGUCGUUAAUUUGGUUGAACUUGGACGGAAAUAGAAUUUCCACCGUUCACAGGCACGCUCUUCCACCAUUUCUGCAAACUCUGAGUUUGUCUUACAAUCAGCUGGACGCGUUUCCGUCGGAAAUUCUAACUCGUGACCUGAAAUGGCUCUAUUUAAGAGGGAACGCAAUCGAAACUUUUCCCGAACACAAACUUCAACAUGUCCGAUGGCUGGAGAAAAUCGAUUUAAGAGAAAACACGCUCACCACCAUACCCUCAGCGCCAUUUAAUAGUUCCGUACGGAUAAGAGACUUGAAUCUUGCGUACAAUAAUAUAAAAUCCCUAACGGCCGAAACGUUCGCCGGACUGGAAUGUCAAAGAAUUAUUUUAUCGCACAACAAACUUGAAACGAUGGAUAAAGAUGCUUUCGUUGGAGUGGAACAAUAUUUAGAAUACCUUGAUUUGGAUUCGAACAAUUUGGCUGCAAUCCCAGACGCAUUAGCAAUACUACAAUCCCUUAAAUUCCUUUACCUUUCAUCGAAUUCCUUAAGAGACAUUCCUGCUAAUGUAUCCUCGAUGCUUUGUGCAUCACUUAAAGCUAUUGGUUUAAGUGGAAAUAGAUUCACGAAAAUUCCCUCUGAAGCGCUGCAAAGUUGCAUUAAAUUGAAUCACCUAAACAUGGCGUACAAUGACAUAGUCGAGGUGAACGGUUCUGAUUUCAUAAAUUGGGGGACAAACAUAAACACGUUGAUUUUAGGAAAUAACCACAUUAAUCAACUCAGACCGGAAUCAUUUCAAGGUCUUCCUAAGAUCAAAGAUAUUAAUUUGAGUUUCAACCAAAUAAGGUUCAUCGAUCCUUCCACGUUCGUUGGACUCGACUCUUUGGAAAACUUGGAAAUGUCAUUUACAGUAGAUUAUGAAGAUGUACCUGGUGAUAUUUUCAAGCCACUUCUCAAAUUAAAAUGGUUAUCGUUAGAUAAUAACAAAUUCGUUACAAUUAGCAGCAGCGCCUUCGAUUUCUUAAAACAUCUUAAUUACCUUAAUCUUGAAUUCAAUCGGCUCAAACUUCUACCCUCAAGUCUAUUUAAGACUUCCGUUCACAAAUUAUUGCGAGAAGUUCGUUUUUCGUACAACGACAUUUCUAUAUUACAAACGAACACGUUUAAGCAAUUACCAAAUUUAGAAGUAAUUCUAUUUCCCAAUAAUAAAAUACAAACGAUUCAGACAAGCAGCUUCGAUGACCUCCCGAAGCUAACCCAUGUUAUUUUAUCGAAUAAUUUAAUAAGCAAAAUUGAAACUUCUGCUUUCGCGAAUCUACCUUCCUUGAGGCUACUCGAACUCCAGAAUAAUAUACUCCGAGAAAUAUCUUUCAAAUUUUUCUCGAAUGUUUCCAGUUCAUUUAAUCUGAACCUCACGCACAAUAGGAUUACGAAAUGUUUAGACGGAUCGUCGUUUGUAAACGUGGGUGAGCUAAACCUAAAACAUAACAGACUUGCGGCAGUUCCGGCAUGUUUAAGGAACGUUAAUCAGCUACGAAAACUUUUCUUGGACUUCAAUAAUAUCACGUACUUGGGGCAUAAUUCCUUCAUCCAUUCAACCACUCUAGAACAAUUGACUCUAUCACAAAAUGCUAUAAGUAACGUGAACAAGUAUGCAUUUUUCGGCCUGCACACUCUCCAAAUACUUGAUUUAUCCAAUAAUUUUAUAAGUCACUUACAUAACAACCAAUUCUCGAGUCUCGCAAACUUGCGAAUUAUUAAUUUACGACGCAAUGAUCUAAAGUAUCUUCCAAAAGACGUCUUUAUGAAUACGAAACUGGAAUUUUUAGACCUGGGUCAAAACCUUUUCUCAGAAAUACCUACUCCCAGUAUUACCGAAGUUGGUAGAAGUCUUCAGUUCUUAUCAAUAGAAUCAAACAGUAUUGAACGAAUAGACAGUACCACGUUUCCUGGGACACCAAAACUGAAACAACUCCACUUGAAAUCCAAUAAACUAACAAUACUACCCGACAACGUUUUUACAAACUUAAACGUGCUCCAACAUCUCGACAUCAGCAACAACAACUUAAGGACCAAUUUUAAGGAACUAUUCCAUUUCGCCCAAAACUUGAAGGAUUUAGUGCUCUCUGGAAAUAACAUCCGGGACGUUCCCCACUUGCCCCUCCCAAAUCUUUCUAAACUGGACCUUUCUAAUAACUUGAUAGGCAACGUCGAUGGCAGCGCUUUACAAGAUUUAAAACAACUAAGACACCUGUGUCUAAGCCAUAACCGUUUAACGUAUAUACCGUCUUCCCUUGGAACCCGGUUGCCCCGUUUGAAGACCCUGGAUCUCUCAUACAAUCCGAUAAAGGAGAUCGAUUCGAGUUCAUUUAUAGGACUGAAGAACCUCCAAGAGCUAAACAUACUGGGAUUAAAAAGUUUGAAGAAGUUUGAUCCCGACGGCAUAACUGGGAUCAAAUUUUUACGAAAAUUGUCCAUGCAAACACACAGUUACCUUAACGGAUUCUCCUCGACCUUAUGCAAGAUCUUUAAAGAUAUGAAACAAUUAAGGAUAUUGAAACUUGAAGUACAAGAUACCUCGCUCAGAAAUCAACUUGCGUGUCUAGCCAAUCCUAAGGUGCGUCAAGUGGAAAUUACCGGUAGCGCUUUGAAAACGAUCGAAUGGAAUUCGUUCACCGCAAUGGACAGUAAUCCCGACAUGCUUCUCAAAAUUACCGAAACCAGCGUGGAGGAGUUACCUGCAGGACUAUUUUCCAGCUUUGUUGCAAUAUCUCAUUUGGAGAUCGACCUCAGAAACAACCUCUUGGCAUUCCUCGACCCAGACGUCUUUUAUGUCAAUUACACCACGUGGAAAACCGUCGGAACGACUCUAAUCAAAGGUGGCAUCAGGUUCUCGGGGAAUUCCUUCAAGUGUGGUUGCCAUCUCCAUUGGCUCGGACAUUGGCUACGACGUUGGGUACGUGAAACAAUGAACUCUCAAAAUCUUCCCGUAGAAACUGUGACGCACAUGUACGAUUUUAUCAACGAAGCAACGUGUUUAGAUGUUGUCAAUGGUGUAUAUGUACCAAUUGUUUCUCUGCCCCCCGAAGACCUCAACUGUCAAGCUAGCGCACUCAGUGUAGCCCAAACUGUUUUCGCAAAGCCGCAAACUGUGAUAACGACAACAUUACUUGUCUGUCUAUUCUCAUUUUUUAGAAAUAACUGAACGUAAAAAAUGUUAAACACUUGAUGGUAAAACCAAAAUCAAUGUACAGUUACGUGCAAACGUCCUAUUCAACGUGUAUUAAUUUUGGUCCCUAAAAAUUAUGUUGGUCCUCGCGUGUUUUAACAUAAAAUAAUUUGUAGAUCGAUUAUAUUUUAACCCCUUUGCAGUGAAAGGCCAGAUAACCAAACUAAACCGAACCAAACCAAACCAAACCAAACCAAACCAAACCAAACCAAACCAAACCAAACCAAAUUUACUAACUACUACUAACCUGUCCUAACCUAACCUAACCAAUCAAACACGUAUAAGAGUACCAACGUAUCUACAAAAAUAUUCUGCCUUUGCACUAGACUGUAUAUAGAUGUUCUUUGUUGAUUAAAUAUUAAUUAGUAUGAUUUAUCGACUCCAAUAAUUAUUUCAAUCGAUAUGAUUUGUAUGAAUUCCUGUGAAUAAGUGUGUACUUAAUGUAUAUUAAUGCAUAAAAACUCAUCCUGUAAAUAAAAUCAUUUACAAUUAGUUUUCAUCUCAUCAUCUACAUCGUAACCGUGUUAAAAAUACCAAGUAGUGUAAUCCAUUGAAAUGUUACAAUGUUAUAGUCGAACCUUGCAUUUUGAAUAGCAGGAUCAGAGUGAGUUUACGUAAAACUUAUUUUCAACGUUGAGAAAGGAGUAUAACAAUUUUCUCGCGGUAAUCUCGGGAGGCCUCCGAAAGAAAACCACUCAUAUUUUACUCUAAAUGAAAAAUCAAUGUAACAUUUCAAUAGACUAAUAAGUCUCUCUCUAAUUGUCCAAUUUUGAAACUGAAUCCGAUGUUUCUGAUUUACGUUUUCUAAAUAUAGUCAUAAAUAAUGCCGUUUAUUUUUAUUCGAAAAGUAUUGUAAAAUAUCAUUAUGAGAAUGUAAAUGACAUCAAACCUUUUGCCCACUUGUUUACAUUUAGUCUUGUUUGCUCUUGAUUUUUACCAUUAACUUCAAUAUCGAAAGUGGAAAGAGCG